CCUCCCUUUCUUUAUUCUCCCUUCUUCUCAUCUUCUCCUUCUCACUUUCCCAAUCUCAAUCCUCACAUGAAAAAAAACUCAUCCCCAUAGCUCACCCACCAUGUCUUCCUCAAUUCCACAAGGUGAGAUAGAUAUAGAGAGGGGUUUGAUGACGACGACGACUACAGCGGAGCCAUCGCCGUCGGCGUCAUCGGCGGCGACGGCUCCGGCGCUGGUGCUGUCGAACUCCGGGAAGAGGAUGGACCAGGCCGGGAAGAAGAAGUAUGUGAAGCAGGUGACGGGGCGGCACAACGACACUGAGCUCCACCUGGCGGCGCAGAAGGGCGAUCUGGCCGCCGUGAAGCAGAUUCUGCAUGAUAUUGACUCGCAGAUGGUGGGGACGGUCACUGGGGAUGAGUUUGACUCGGAGGUGGCGGAGGUGAGGGCGGCGGUGGUCAAUGAGGUCAAUGAGCCGGGGGAGACGGCGUUGUUCACGGCGGCGGAUAGAGGGCAUCUGGAUGUGGUGAAAGAGUUGUUGAAGUAUUCGAAUAAGGAGAGUGUUAUGAAGAAGAAUCGCUCCGGGUUUAGUCCUUUGCAUAUUGCUGCAACUCAAGGCCAUCAUGCCAUUGUUCAGGUACUCCUGGAUCAUGACCCCGGGCUAAGCAAGACAAUUGGGCCGUCAAAUGCAACCCCACUUAUAUCUGCCACUCAAAGAGGGCAUAUAGCUGUGGUUGAUGAACUGUUGUCAAAGGAUUCUACCUUGUUGGAGAUUUCAAAAUCAAAUGGGAAGAAUGCAUUGCAUCUGGCUGCAAGGCCAGGGCAUGUGGAGAUUGUAAGAGCAUUGCUAAAUAGGGAUCCACAAUUGGCACGAAGGACUGACAAGAAAGGGCAAACUGCCUUGCAUAUGGCUGUAAAAGGGACAAGCUGUGAGGUUGUGAAAUUGCUUCUUGAUGCAGAUGCCGCAAUUGUGAUGCUUCCGGACAAAUUUGGUAACACAGCAUUACAUGUAGCCACCAGGAAGAAGCGAGCUGAGAUAGUAAACGAGUUGUUAUUACUUCCAGACAGCAAUGUUAAUGCACUGAAUAGGGACCACAAAACCGCUCUUGACAUUGCUGAAGAACUUCCACUUUCAGAAGAAUCAGCAGAUGUAAGGGCCUGCCUUUACAAAUACGGUGCUGUUAGAGCUAAUGAACUGAACCAACCAAGGGAUGAAUUGAGAAAAACAGUGACUCAGAUCAAGAAUGAUGUUCAUAUCCAGCUUGAACAAACAAAGAAAACCAAUAAAAACGUUCAGAAUAUUUCGAAAGACCUCAGGAAGCUCCAUAGAGAAGGAAUCAACAAUGCCACCAACUCAGUCACUGUGGUGGCUGUUCUAUUUGCAACAGUUGCUUUUGCAGCUAUCUUUACUGUGCCAGGCGGUGAUAAGAAUGAUGGAACAGCCGUUGUAGUGAACACUCCUCCAUUCAAAAUCUUCUUCAUUUUCAAUGCCAUUGCUCUUUUUACAUCUUUGGCCGUUGUGGUGGUUCAAAUUACAUUGGUCAGAGGUGAGACAAAAGCAGAGAAAAAGGUGGUAGAGAUUAUCAACAAGUUGAUGUGGCUCGCUUCAGUAUGCACUUCAGUGGCUUUCAUGGCGUCCUCUUACAUUGUGGUUGGCCGGCGGCAUAAGUGGGCUGCAAUUCUGGUAACAGUUGUUGGGGGAAUGAUAAUGGCAGCGGUUCUUGGCACCAUGACAUAUUAUGUGGUGAAGUCAAAGCGGCACCGAGCCUUGAGGAAGAAGGAUAAGAGCACAAGGAGGAGUGGAUCCAACUCGUGGAUGCCCUCCGACUACUCCAAUUCGGAAAUUGAUAGAAUCUAUGCCCUUUAAUCUGAUGUGUGAAUCCUUUGUGGAAUUUGUAGGUUCUUAGAGACUGAAACACCAAAACAAUGGAUGUUGAAACACUUGAAUAGGUGCAGAGGAGUUUGGAGAUACCCCUUCUGGAAUGAUCCUGGAGUUAAAUAAGUGUAACGUAUUUGUCCCAAGUUAUUCUCUGCUUCCUUUCUUCUUAUGCAAUUGUCCUGUAACAAAUUUUAAACAGGCCUCUGUACAUAUUAUGUUUGCGAAGACAAGAAACAAUUUAUGAUGUAUUUAAAAUGUCCCAAACCAUUUUUGUUUUGCAUGAAUUUAUGGAUUUUACAAGUGAAGCUCCUACUUUUGC